GAGGUAUUUACCUUCGAAAAGUAGUGGCGGCUGCAGUCUGGGCCCAGGCCCUGUGCCCCUGAAGACAUGGAGUUUGUGUCUGGAUACCGCGAUGAGUUCCUUGAUUUCGCUGCUCUCCUCUUUGGCUGGUUCCGCAAGUUUGUGGCAGAACGGGGGGCUGUAGGGGCCAGCCUUGAGGGCCGCUGGCGACAGCUGGAGGCUCAAAUCAGAAGGCUGCCCCAGGACCCCGCCCUUUGGGUGCUCCAUGUCUUGCCCAACCGUAGUGUGGGCAUCAGCCUGGGGCAAGGGGCAGAGCCAGGCCCUGGACCAGGCCUGGGGGCUGCCCGGCUCCUGGGAGAUGAGCCUCCACUCCACCUUCAAGACCUGAGCCCCUAUGUCAGCUUUGUCAGCCUAGAGGAUGGGGAGGAAGGGGAAGAGGAGGGGGAAGAAGAUGAAGAACGAGAGAAUGGAGAGGAGGAGGGUGCAGGCACAGAGAAGGUGGAACCACAGGAGGAUGGGGAACCGGCCACUACCAGUAGGGAAUCCCCUCAGGAAGCCAAGCCUCCAGGGGAGCCAGAGGAGGCUGAACAGGAGGCAUGUGGUGAGGAUGGCUGCCGAGAUUACAAAGUGGAGGAUGAAAUGGGACCUGAGAAGAGAAAGGAACGCAGGAGUGAGACUGGCCCCCUGCACCUUUCCUGCCUCUUACUGGUGACGGAUGAGCAUGGCACCAUCUUGGGCAUUGAUCUGCUAGUGGAUGGAGUCCAAGGGAAUGCAGGCCGGGGUUCAGGAACUGAGAACCUAGCUCCUCGGGCCUAUGCUCUUCUCUGCCACAGCAUGGCCUGCCCCAUGGGCUCUGGGGACCCCCGAAAGCCGCGACAGCUUACAGUGGGAGAUGCUCAGCUGCAUAGAGAACUGGAGAACCUGGUCCCAAGGCUGGGUGUGAAGUUAGCAAAGACUCCAAUGCGGACAUGGGGUCCUCGGCCAGGCUUCACCUUUGCCUCCCUUCGGGCUCGAACCUGCCAUGUUUGUCACAGGCAUAGCUUUGAAGUGAAGCUGUCACCCUGUCCCCAGUGCAGUGCCGUAUUGUACUGUGGAGAGACUUGUCUCCGGGCUGAUUGGCGGCGAUGUCCAGAUGAUGUGAGCCACCGAUUUUGGUGCCCAAGGCUUGCAGCUUUCAUGGAGCGGGCAGGGGAACUGGCAACUCUGCCUUUCACCUACACUGCAGAGGUGACCAGCGAAACCUUUAACAAGGAAGCCUUCCUGGCCUCCCGGGGACUCACUCGCGGCUACUGGACUCACCUCAGCAUGCUGAUUCCAGGACCUGGCACCCCCAGGCACCCCCGGGGCAGCACACCAUCCCUUGGCCUUCUUCUCAGUGGAGAUCCCUACCAGCUUCUCCAGGGGGAUGGUCCUGCCCUGAUGCCUCCAGUGCCCUCAGAUCCACCCAAGGCCCUCUUUGGCUCGUGGCAGGAUUACUACACAUGGCGGGGCCUCAGCCUCGACUCCCCCAUGGCUGUGCUUCUCACCUACCCGCUGACCGUGUACUACGUCAUCACCCACCUAGUGCCCCAGUCCUUCCCUGAGCUCAAUAUACAGAACAAGCAGUCACUGAAGAUCCACGUGGUAGAGGCAGGGAAAGAGUUUGACCUUGUAAUGGUGUUUUGGGAGCUUUUGGUCUUACUUCCCCAUGUGGCCCUGGAGCUGCAGUUUGUGGGUGAUGCCUUGCCACCCGAGAAUGACCAGCAACAUUUUACCCUGCAARGGGAUGGCCCUGAGGUGUCUGUCCGUCCUAAUUCUGGAGUAUCAGCACGGCUCAACUCUGGGACUAAAGAGAAAGGGGGUCGCAGGGACCUGCAGAUCAAGGUGUCAGCCAGACCCUAUCAUCUGCUCCAGGGGCCCAAGCCUGACCUUGUUAUUGGAUUUAAUUCCGGCUUUGGUCUCAAGGACACGUGGCUGAGCUCUCUGCCCAGAUUACAGUCUCUCCGAGUGCCUGCUUUCUUCACUGAGAGCAGCGAGUAUGGCUGUGUGAUGGACGACCAGACCAUGGCAGUGGCCACGGGAGGGGGCACCAGUCCUCCACAGCCCAACCCCUUCCGCUCCCCCUUUCGCCUCAGAGCAGCCGACAACUGCAUGCCUUGGUACUGCAACGCCUUCAUCUUCCACCUGAUCUACAAGCCACCCCAAGGCGGCGGGGCCCGCUCGGCGCCCGGCCCCGCGCCCCCAGCCCCAACUCCCGUAGCUCCUCCAGCCCCCGCCCGUAGGCGUCGAGGAGAAAAGAAGGCUGGACGCGGAGUCCGCCGGCGGAGAUGA